CGGCCAUUGUGAGAGAUCGGUGGUAAGUGGAAGAACGCACGCGGUGCGACGAUUUGCAGCAGCGUUGAGUUUAUGGUAGAUUUUUUUAUUAACUCUUUAGUAAUUUAUUGAAACUAAGUGCACAAUAUGUCAAAUAAUACAGCCCCCGACAGUUGGGAAUCUCAAGCCGAUUCUACAUCGACGAAUAAUUCGCCACAACAUACUGCAGAUGUGACAGCUACGUUUUCCACGUUGAAUGUUAACGCUGUCGAAUUUGUGCCUUCAUUUUCCUUUUCAAAAGCUCCAGAAGUAGUCGAGGCCUCUUCCCCGACGAAUUCCCAAGGAUCUAAUAGUUCACCCCAACAUAAUCUUAUAAAUGGAAACGUUCCUGAUGAAUCUACAGAGCGUGUGGAAGUCAAGGAACCACCACCCAUUCCUCCCGCAGACGGCGACGCGUCCCCUGGCGGCGAAGGCGGCACUUGGGAGGAUGUGGCAGAUGAAGACAGCACUUCCGCUUCGGCUCCCCCCGCUACCACCCCUGAAGGCGACGAAGACGAAGAACCCUCCUCGGAGGAAGCUCCCAUAAAGAUUAAAAAGAAGAUAACAGUAAAAGAGAAACCAGAAGAAGAAAAGAAAGAACAUGUUAACGUGGUGUUCAUAGGUCACGUAGAUGCUGGUAAAAGUACCAUUGGGGGGCAGAUUAUGGCUUUGACGGGGAUGGUAGACAAGAGAACAUUAGAAAAGUAUGAAAGGGAGGCUAGGGAGAAGAGUAGAGAGAGUUGGUAUUUGAGUUGGGCAUUGGAUACGAAUCAGGAAGAACGAGACAAGGGAAAAACCGUCGAAGUUGGUCGUGCCUUUUUCGAAACAGAGAAGAAACAUUUCACCAUUUUGGACGCUCCCGGCCACAAGAGUUUCGUCCCGAACAUGAUCGGUGGAGCCGCUCAGGCCGAUUUAGCAGUGCUAGUUAUUUCCGCUAGAAAAGGUGAAUUCGAAACUGGGUUUGACAGAGGUGGCCAAACGAGGGAACACGCCAUGUUGGCCAAAACGGCCGGCGUGAAAUACCUUGUGGUGCUGGUAAACAAAAUGGACGAUCCUACUGUUAAUUGGGAUGAAGCUAGGUACAACGAGUGCAAAGACAAAAUACUCCCUUAUCUUAAGAAACUAGGUUUUAUAUUAAACAAAGAUUUAUAUUUCCUGCCCUGUUCCGGCCAGACGGGUCAAGGUUUGAAAGAAAAAGUAGACGAAUCGAUCUGUACCUGGUACAGAGGAGAAGCAUUUAUACCUUUUAUAGAUAGUUUGCCGUCUUUGAGUAGAAAGGUGGACGGACCUUUUAUAAUGCCCAUCGUGGACAAAUACAAAGACAUGGGCACCGUUCUCAUGGGUAAAGUUGAAUCUGGAGAGUGUAAGAAAGGACAGACGAUGCUCAUAAUGCCUAAUAGGACGCCCGUAACGGUGGAUAUGUUGCUUUCGGACGACGACGAGGUAAGUCGAGUAGUGCCCGGAGAAAACGUCAAAAUAAAAGUAAAAGGCAUAGAAGAGGAGGAUGUCAGUCCGGGAUUCGUUCUUUGCGAUUCCGUCAAUCCGAUUCACACUGGACGAAUCUUUGAUGCUCAAUUGGUUAUUUUAGAACACAGAUCUAUCAUAUGCGCGGGAUACAGUGCGGUGAUGCACAUCCAUUGCGCGGCAGAAGAGGUCACCGUUAAAGCCUUAAUUUGUUUGGUAGAUAAAAAAACUGGUGAAAAAAGUAAAACUCGUCCAAGGUUCGUGAAGCAAGAUCAAGUAGCUAUUAUGAGAAUUGAAUGCGCAGGUGUUAUUUGCUUAGAACCAUUUAAGUCGAUGCCUCAGAUGGGAAGAUUUACGUUACGAGAUGAAAAUAGGACAAUUGCCAUUGGAAAGGUCCUGAAGCUGGUGGAGUAGGGCGGCUGUAGUGUCGUGAAAGAGAGACUGUCAUAGAUCCAUAAAAUUAUAUUUCAUCCCAAUUGAAACACGAACUGAAAACUAAUGGACAUUUUUCAAUUGUAUACAUCAAAAAACAAAACCUGUCGACAUUUAGUGAACACCACACAAAAGUUCUGCCGGUCAAAAAAUGUUGUUGAUACCCGUUUCGUUUUUUUUUUCUUCAUUUUAACGCGUUUAAAACUACUGUUUUACUACUGAGGUGCUUCAACAAGUUGUAACUAAUCCUGAAAUUUGUAAUUAUUAUAUUUAUCUUGGUAAUUUGGUUUAAUUAUAAUUUUUAUUGUGUAUAUAAUUAUCAUUGAGCAUUGGAAGUUUUUAAGCUUGAUAUUUCGAGAGGACUAUUUCAUUUCCGUUUCUAAGUUGGAGCCAUAUGAAAAAUUCGGAUUUGUUACAAUGUGAUGUUAAAAGAUGGGGUUACGGCUAUAUUUUUCUUGUUUCCUGGGAUUUGCUAUAAUCUAGCUCACUGAAAAGUAACACCGGCGGUCAAAAAGUACCACCGGCGGCCAAAAUGUACCACCAGCGGUCAAAAAGUGCCACCAUCGGUCAAAAAGUACCACUAUCGGUCAAAAAGUACCACCAUCGGUCAAAAAUUCCACCAUCGGUCAAAAAGUACCGAUAGCGGUCAAAAAGUACCACCAUGGGUUAAAAAAUGCUAGCAACCGGUUGAAAAAUACUACCAACGAUUGUAGAAUAGUACUAUCGGUAGAAAAAUACUAAAUGCUUUUAAAAAACGUUAUUAGCAGUGAAAAAAGUGUUACUAGCAAUUGAGUAGUACUACCGGAGCCUAAAAAUACUACAAGCAAUUUGAAAAGUCUCAAAUGUGGUUGAAAUAAUGUUAGCACAUUGCUAACAUUAUUGAAAAAUGCAUAGCUUUGAAAAAUGAUGCUACUAGAUUGAAAAAUCCAUAAACUGUUGGAAAGUACUGUUAGUCUUUUAAGAAUUUUACGAACAGUGAAAAAAUAUCACUAGCAUCUAAAAAAGUGUCAUUGCUGGUUGAAAAGUACUACCAGCUGUUGAAAAACAUUAUUAGCGGUAGUAAAAUCGUUACUGCUGCGAUUGACAAGCUGAUAUGAUGGUUGAAAAGUCCUACAAACUGUUGAAAAUCAUUACUAACGGUUGAAAGGUUGAAAAAUGUUUUGAAAAGUACUACAAAUAUACUAGCGGUGGAAAGAUUAUAUCAGAAUUUAAAAAAGUGUCAUUAGCGUUAUUGUAACAAUUAAAAAUUGUCCAAAAGUACUACAAGCAGUUAAAAUAGUGUCAAAAAGUACCACAACGCUUUUAAAAAUACAAAAAGACAGUCAAAACAAUUAAAAAUAACGCUAGCCCGUUGAAAGGUACUCAUGCUUGAAGAAUUUUACCUAGUGGGAGAAAGAUGGUACUAGCAUUUUAAAAAAUGUCAAUGUCAAAUGUUGGAAAGUACUACUUAAUAAAUGGCAACGAAAAUGAUGUUCAAAACAAUAAGAGUAUAAAAAGUAUGAAAAUAAAUCUGAAGGAAAUACAAAAACGUGAAAAAAGUGGCGAAAAACUGUAAAAUAGGCAUCUCUAGAUAGUUCAAAGCUGUUUGAAAGCGCAUGAGGAGAAUAAGAGAAGAAGAAUGAUAAAGAAAUAUUUAUUUUUGAUUGAAAUCUACAAUGUGGACAAAAAAACUGAAAUGCCUUGAUUGAAAGCCACUUUUUAUCGGAUAAUAUUAAUUUUGUAAUGACCCAUUUUAAAAUUGUAAGUAUAACUUUGUAACGAGCCAUUUUAUAAUUGUCGAGGACCUCUUUAAAAUUGCCACAUUGUGCUGGAUAAUUUUAAAUUGGUCGAGGACCCUUUUAAAAAUGGUGGAUGGCCAAUUUUAAAAUUGUUUACACAUUGCCCAAUUUCUUAAUUGUCGGGCGCCGAUUUGAAAAUUGUCUCUUGCUCUACGCCUUAAUACAAAUCCAAAUGAGUCUUCCAAAGAAAAAGGGAUAUGUACAGGAUAUAAUAGGCUACUUUGAAAAGAAGAGAUUAACCUGGUACGGAUAUGUCAGAAGAGAAGACCAAAAUCGUUGGAUAAAUCGAAUAACAGAGUGGAGCCCGAUAGAAAGGAGGAGAGGCAGACCCCGAAGAUUUUUCAGAGAUGAAGUGGAUGAAGCAAUGGAAAGAAGAGAUCUACAUGAAGGGGACUGGCAAAACAGAAAGAGCUGGAGAGAACGGUUGAGUAUAUACAAAGUUUACUAAACUAAAAUCAAUAUCAACAAAAGAAUUAAUAUUAAAAUUAAACUCACCAGGCUUCCGGGUUGAACCGCGUCGUUGGUUUCUAGGCCGAGCUUUUGACGUCCUCUCUGACGUCAUCUUCAGGGCUUCCGAGGUCUCAGUCUCCUGAGGCUCCAGACACUACACUCACUACUCACUGCAAUACUAGUACUACAUAGUAUUGCAUUGAGUAGUGUGUGGAGCCUCAGGAGACUGAGACCCCGGAAGCCCUGAAGAUGACUGCAGAGAGGACGUCAAAAGCUCGGCCUAGAAACCAACGACGCGGUUCAACCCGGAAACCUGCUGAGUUUAAUUUUAAUAUUAAUUCUUUUGUUGAUAUUGAUUUUAGCUUUAAGUUUCAUUGUAUGAACCGCGGAAAUCUUUCCGAAUAAAAGUUUACUAAACAUAUACAUCCUAUGUUUAACUGCAAUGGUUUCUUAAUGAGUUAUCUCUAUCUGCUCGUGGAAGCACAGAAAAAACCAGUUCGAAGGAAGCACUGGAAAAAAACACAUUUUUACUCUUGUUUUUGGUAUUUGGACGCUACGGCAACAAAAUCGGUGUCUUCACCUCUUCUAACAAGAAAGAUAUAGACCACAUACUGAAAAGAAGUUAUAUAUUUUAUUAAAAACGACGUUUUCCAUAUGUCUUCACUUUAACAAACUCUUUGAUAUCACUCAGCAAUUGUGUGGUGUCUUUAUAAUGUUAAUAUUGAAACGUUUCAAACCGAUUAUUUACAAUUUUCAUUAAAGGUGCUUUAAGACCAAUUUUUAGAUGAGAUCAGCGAGUGUUAUUCUUUCCUACGGCCUAUUUUGAAGACGUUUUGUCGUUGAGUAUCGGCAUCAAUCUCAUUUACUUUUUAAAUACUACUGGUAACAUUUUGGGUUCUAACCCCUCCGUAACGCAGUGGUAAGGGAGCCUACCUUUGGAUACAAAAAUUGUUAGUUCGAAUCCCGGCUCGAUGGGAAAUUUUUCUUUAUUAAAACAUUUAAUACAUGAAAAUAAUUUCUAUCCUCGUGGGAUCGGUACUCACCUGAAGGACCGUAGACGUUCGGAUUCAAUAAGCGUGUCUUUGUAAAAACAAUGAAGUCGACUUUAUUAAGUAACAAAACAUCACUCAUCACACACACUCAGGCGUGGAUACAGGGGGAUCAACGGGUCCAUGGACCCCCUAUUGUAUUUAGUCUAUAAGUAUUUUUUUAUUUAUUAUUUUUUUCUGUUACUCUAAACUUUAAGCCAUCAGUACAACACUAAAUUACACGACAACCGCUUCCAAAGAAUUGAAAGAAGCCAUAAAAUCUAAUAAAACACCCUUCUCUGAAAAAUAAUCUUCAGGCGCAUUUGUUUGGGUACCGGUGGAACCAUAAACAACGGAAAUAUUUUUCUCAAUUCAAAGAAUAACAACAAUGAUAUUUUAAAAUGCAAAUAAAUUACACUGUGUAUAAACCUUAUCUCAUGAAAAGUCACGUUUCAAAUUUGCGAUGCAAUAAAGACAUAAAAAUCUGUAUUUUACUAGAUAAUCCAUGCGUACCUACCUAUUGAUGGUAGAAAGGUUAAUAUCUAUGGUAAAGAACGACCAGUGAGAUUAAUAGUCGUGAAUUGUCUAUCAAUCCUUUUGAUACCGUAGGUAUCUGGGAUUAUAUAGUGUAUUUUAUCCUUAGAGUAAGUGUGACUCGUAUGGCUAAAUCUGGAAAAUAUAAUAUUUGAGGUAAGUCUGCCCCCCCCCCUAUUAUGAAUUUCUAGAUCCGCGGCUGCACACACUACACAUUACUCCCUUGAGCUGGUGAUAGUAAUUACGUGACUAAAGGUUCCAAACCAAGGCCAGAAAACAACACAAAACUUUGGGUUCAUUUACAUUGCUAGGUUAUUGGUAAAUUUGUCUAGAUCAGUUGUCUCGAACGGUAAAAGGAAGCGGGUCAAAAUUGAAUCUACUAGAUCCUAGAUCAUUUCCAAGGUUCCCUUUAUCAAAUUCCGAAAGUCUUUAAAAUAUAUACCAGAUUUCUGAUCUUUGAUUUGGAAAGGUAAUUUAUUCCCUAGGAGCCUAAAGACUCAUUGUGUGCAGACCUUCAAUGGGCAAUAAAAAAGCAAUACUAACAUUACCAGGAUGAGACUAAACUCUAUACCUUAGGCACAAACUUCAACAUUGGGUAAAGUUCAGAUGAUAUUUAUUUAAUAAAAUACGUUAACAUCAGCAAAAAUGUUUCGUAAUAGUUAAAACCCUGUGGACUGACCAAUUCACAAAUUAGGAGGACCUCACAAGAACAAAGAAUAUUUUUUUAAAGACAUUUCUUAGUACAACCCCUCAAUUUUAAAUAAUUACAACCCAACCCUGUUCAAUAGUACCAUUUCAUCCCGCCUAUUUCUUACCCUCUCUCCUAACCAGACAGACAAUAUACUUGGAUUCGGGACAGAAGAAAUUCUCUCUCUUCUCUAUUUUUCGACGGAUCAAGUCGGUACCGCUCAUCUCUUGACGGUCAAGCCGUUCUUUUGGCUGAAACGAACAAUAGCAAUACGUGCACCAACAGUAAUUCGAGAGUGACGCCAUACACGACUUCACAACAGUCAAAACGCGAGGCACGUGGUACGGAAACAGUCUCGGAAACGGAAAUAGUAACUCGUAUGUGACCGGCUUCAGUGUUCCGGACAAUGUUUCACAACUUGGUAAGACACUUUAUCUACAUACCAAUAUUGUCUGCAUAAAACCUUAUAUUUUAUAUUCCCUUUUGAACCUAGCAAUCCUAAUUACAGUCCACAAGCAUACAAUCUUGAUAUUGUAUUCACAAUCUCACACAUGUACAAGCUGAAUCGUACAGCUUUUCCGCGCUGAUGCAGAUAAUAUAAAGAUUGCCAUGAUGAUCGCCAACAUUCCAUUCCAUAUCAUAUACCGUGGGUAAGGUAAAAACUAUACUCAGAGUGAUAACUGAAUAAAUACACUGCAUACAACUUUUGCUUUCUGGAUCAGUUCAUAUAUUUAUUUAGUAAACAACGUGACCAGAUGAGCAAAACUUCGAUGAUAACCAAUAUAAUAUGAUGAUUUUACGAGCGUAAGAUGAAAAUUAUUCAGCGAUAAAGACCAGUCAUACCAUAUUGUAUAGGUCAUGUGAAUAGUUUUCGGCAUAGUAAAAAAAAUGAUUUUUUUUUAAUUCUGAAUGUGAUCUCUUUAUCCAUUUUCAGUAAAAAUAUCAACUUUCAUACAUUUUCGUUGGCUAUUACCCAUCCCUUCAGGAGUUGACGUGUUCGCAAUAGUAAAAAUCCUAUAUUUAUACCCUGUAUAGAAUCAUUGACUCCUCAAACACUUUUUAUUUCGUAAAAGACGUGUUCGUAGUACAGUAUUAUGAGAGUAAAAUGAAAAAUGUCCGGUAAUACCUGUUUUAAAGAAAACCUAAACAGGUAGUAGUCACUGGGUGUUAAAUCGGGAGUGUAGGUGGGGGAUUGUGCUAUUCACAUAAAAUAUCUCAUACCCAAAUGAUCCGAUGGAAACUUUAUAUUAAUUAGCUCUUGAGGAACAUUUUCAUACAGAGUAUUCUGUCUACACGCUGAAAUGGGCGAGCAGCACAUGAGUGUUUGUUAUUUUUUAUUAUUUUUUUGUCAAUGUUCAAUCAGCAAAUCUUCAAAUACGAAAACGGAUACCAUAUUACGAGGGUAAGUUUUAGGUACUCUAUUACUCACAUGGGUUGUGUUCAAUCAUGAUUGAUCAAAAUAUUUUUAAAACUUGUCUUUAUGUUCUUUUUCAAUAAUUUCGUAUACAUUUUAUUUCGAAUCUUGUUAUGAAUGAAAUUUAUCCGCUUCAUUCUUCAUCAUGAACAUUUAGGCGAAAGACUGUAUGCAUCUAAACAUAUUAAUGUACCUUUCCAUUAUUCUUAACAUUUUCUGCAUAAUUUUAUCUAUUGUAUGACACUUUCACAUAUCUAGUACUAAGAAAAAACAUUUGCGGCAUUUUUAAACGACCGAGAGCAUUUUAACUGCUCAAACAAACGUAAAAGUUGUCGAAUAUUGCCAUACUGGCCUUUGUCUUUCUUCUUGAUAGAUGUAGAUGUAAAGGCGCAUGCGUAAAAGCUGACAGCAACUUCUCUGCGUCUGAAUUUUCAAAAUUGAAAUAUCUCUUGCAUGUCAUAUGCCAAACUUGUGAUAUUUAGGUAUGUAUAUCCUUACCAGAUAUCUAAGAGACUCGUUAAUAUUCAGCUCAACGGGGUGCUUUUGCUGGAGGUGUCAAAUAUACAUAAACAAGGGAUCAUUUCAUAAAACAGGUAGACCUCUUGCUUAUAGAAUUUCGCACCUCCAACUGCUGAUAUUCGCUCCAAGAGCUGAAUAUCGAGUCUCUAAGGGCCGGUUGUUCGAACGCUAAUCAACAUUGAUCACUAUCAAAUAUUUAAUUACCGUCACAACUGUCAAUGUCAACUUUGGUUGGGUUGCUGAAAACAUAGUUAAUUAUAAUUAUGAGAUUAGUUAGUCAAUUAACAUAACAAUUAUUAACAUAAUUGAUUAACUAAUUUCAUAAUUGUCAUCAAUAAUUAUGUUUUCGGCAACCCAACCAAAGUUGACAUUGACAGUUGUGACAGUAAUUAAGUAUUUGAUAGUGAUCAAUGUUGAUUAGCGUUCGAACAACCGGCCCUUAGAUACCUGGUACUACUUUAACAUAUUAUUUCGUGGUAAUAUUGAAAAAGUAAUUGAUAUUAUUUUGAUCUCUUAAUAUUCAUAUUUUUGCGGAUAAUUUUCUGCGUAUAUUUCGCUUUGAACGAUACUCCGGUCUCAUCUAAGAAUUUCCGGGUUUAUUAAUAUUGUGUGGACAUUACAUAAAAUUUUAAAAUGCCUUUUAAGCCAAUAUUCAAACGUAAUUGAUAAAAAAGUUGCUUUUUCGAGGAAUUCAGUGUAAAUAUUGAAGAGUUUAUGAGUUACAGUCUUGUAACGAAACCCUAAAAAACAAAUUAUAUAGUUAGCCUUUUUGUUUAAGUUUGUUUUUUAGUCUUUUAUUACUGUAAGCAAGGAAAUGUUGCUAUCAAUUUUAUAUAUUCAAUAAAAUGUCAAAUUGUA